AUGACCACCGACGAGGGCGAACGGGUUGGGGUGUACUUUGAGGGGCGGUAUUACGACGACGUCCUCAUGCGCCGACGAGGAUCGAAUCGUAAGGAAGCCGUGAUCGGGGUCGAUUUGUCCGCCGCGAAUUGGCCCAAGCACAAGUUUAAGCUCGAUUUUCACGGUCGGGUGUUCAAGUUCGACGAGAACGAGCGCAAGGUAGAGGAAAUUAAUUUGCAGUCGCAUUAUCAAGAGCCAGGGGAAGAGACGUACCUACGCGAGAAUCUCGGAUUCGCCAUACUGCGCCGCGCCGGCGUGCCGGCGUCGCUGACCAAGCACGUACAAGUCCGCGUGAAUAACGAGUUCUACGGAUUAUUCUCGUUGAUCGAGCAAGUCGACUCGACUUUCCUUCGCCGGAACUAUCUCGAUCCUGAAGGAGCGUUGUAUAAGGCGGUGAAUUGGAAGUACAGCAAUCUUCGAGCGGGAGAUCCGAACCUGCCUUGCCCGUACGCUACGCCCGAUUACAAGCGAGAAUGGAUGAACGACGGUUGUCCGGAAAUCUAUCGUAAAGCUUCAAAGGCGAAUCGUGACAAUUGGGACGAUUUGUGGGAGCUCACGCAAGUGAUCGAGCGCGUACGCAGGAAUCCCGGGGGCGAGGCGUACUUGCUGUACGAUCAUACCAAUCUUCCCGCCUUGGUGAACGAAAUGGCUGCACAAACGCUCAUGCUCGGAGCCGAUCGCUGUACAAAGAACUACUACAUGCACAAAGACUGGACGGGCGAAUGGUCGCGUAUUCCGUGGGACGUGGAAGACGUGUUUCCGGGAGAUAAACGAUACGGCAUCGACCUCUGUAAGUCGAGUGAAUGCGACAAGAAAUCAACCGCGUAUUGCAUUCUGUCGUGCGAAAAGUUCAACUCGCCGCUGUACUGCGACCGAAAUCAUCCCCAGGACAUCUUUUACGCUCAAUCUCCCGAGCAAGACCCUCGAUCAACGUACAAUGUUCUCAUAGACGUUAUGCUCGCAGUCUGGCCAGUCAAGGAGAUGUACUUCACCCGCUUGCGCACGCUUAUGGAUGAGAUUUUGGCAACGUCGUUCAUCGACGACUACGCGAGGCGCACGUUGAACAUUAUACGCAAAGAUGCUCUGCGGGAUUCAGAGAAGUGGGGGGUCGGCGCCGUGCGAGCUAUCGACCAAGGCGUGCUUCAGCUGCUCUCGCAAAUCGUCCCGAAACGCCGAGACCAAUUGUUCAACCAAUACAGCUCCAUGAUACCAUCGUCGACGCCUUCGAAUGCGCGAGUGUACGUCUCACACGCGCAAAAGAAUGGCGUUGAAGCGUACGUCAAGAUUAGUAAUCCGAACGGCUAUGCCGUGGACGUGUCGUUUUGGAUAGUCGAAACUCGAGGCGGGUGGAAAUAUACGCUGAAACCGGGCACCGUUCUCGGCGCCGGUCGCACCCUGUUCGUCGUCAGGGACGCGAAAGAAUUCAGACGUCGCGCGACGUGGGCUCGCCGCGAAUACCCCGAAGGCGUCUUCGUGCAAGGAAAUUUCCAAUCUGAUUUAGACACAGAUGACGUGAAUAUGAUUUCUGUGACAAGGACAUCCGAGCGCGUCGCCGCGCUCAACGGACGUGGGCGCGCGUUCAGACGGUUUCGACCACGCGUAGGAUUCGACAACACUUCGUGCGCGCUCCCAGAUGUCGGUCCUUGGAGCGAAUACGGUGAUUGCUGCGCCGAAGGCAAAUGCGGUUUGUGGUGCGGCGUCCAAAACGCCGCGCGAGUUCGACGUCGAGACGUGAACAUCACGCUCGGACUUGAUCCGAACGAUUUACCGCAGUGUUUGGUCCAUAGCUAUGAGAUUGAUAGACGCUGCGCGAGCCUUGAGUGCGGCACGCCGAGACCGCCGAACUCGACGGCGUGUCGAAUUCCCUCGAAUGAAUCGUUUGUGCGUCUCUCGCGAAACGACCAAAGCGUCAUCUUUAGUCCGAUUUUCGGCUUGAACACACGCACGUGGGAGGAUUGGAGUUACAAGGUGGAAGUCGCACCGCACGACGCGCACGGCGUCGAUGGCGCUUCAAAGUCGUUGAAAAUCCUCGUACACUCGGGUGGUGGUUUGGCGUUUCGAGCGACGGCGCGAAACGACACUCGGCUCACUUCCGCACACUUCUGGAUCGCGAGACACGCCCCGCCCCAACCCCUUCCGCGCCUCGUCUUCGACCUCGAGUCGACGAGCGAUAACACCACGACGACGCGCGCGGCGCCCGGAGAGUUUCUUCGAGGCAUCGCCCGCGCGCAGAGCGACUGGAACGCCGGUUGCUACGUCGAAAUCAUCGCCGAUUUCGCCGGCUUCGACGACUCUCCGACCACCGCGGCGCGCGAGCCGUCGUCCGUCAAAAUCGUUCUCAAGAGCGCGUUCGGCUCGCCAACGCGUCUCUGGCUCGGUCGCGCGGUGGCCGUGUUCUCAUCUCACGAAAACGCGCCGUAA